CCCUACCCCAAGGGCAUGUGCGACGUGGGGCUGCCGUCGCGCAAGAGCCUCUUCGAGCUGCAGGCGCAGCGGCUGCGGCGGCUGCAGCGCCUGGCCCAGGAGCGGCACGGCGCCGCCGGCACCAUCCCCUGGUACAUCAUGACGAGCGGCCGCACGAUGGAGUCCACCAAGGAGUUCUUCCUCAAGCACCGCUAUUUCGGCUUGGAGAAAGAGAACGUCAUCUUCUUCCAGCAAGGGAUGCUGCCAGCUAUGGGAUUCGAUGGGAAAAUCCUUCUGGAAGAAAAGGGCAAGAUCUGCAUGGCACCAGACGGCAACGGGGGCCUGUACCGGGCGCUGGGCGCGCAGGGCCUCGUGGCCGACAUGGAGCGCAGGGGCGUGCGCAGCGUGCACGUGUACUGCGUGGACAACAUCCUGGUGAAGGUGGCCGACCCCGCCUUCAUCGGCUUCUGCCUGGAGAAGGGAGCCGACUGCGGCGCCAAGGUGGUGGAGAAGACCAACCCCACGGAGCCGGUCGGCGUGGUGUGCCGCGUGGACGGCGUCUACCAGGUGGUGGARUACAGCGAGAUCUCCCUGGGCACRGCGCAGAAGCGGGGCGCCGACGGGCGGCUGCUCUUCAACGCGGGCAACAUUGCCAACCACUACUUCAGCACGGCCUUCCUGAAGGACGUGGUCGACACCUACGAGCCGCAGCUGAAGCACCACGUAGCUGAGAAGAAGAUCCCCCACGUGGACAUCGCUACGGGGCAGCUCGUCCAACCCGAGAAGCCCAACGGCAUCAAGAUGGAAAAGUUCGUUUUCGACAUCUUCCAGUUUUCCAAGAAGUUUGUGGUCUACGAGGUCCUGCGCGAGGACGAGUUUUCUCCUCUGAAGAACGCAGACAGCCAGAACGGGAAGGACAAUCCCACCACGGCGCGACAUGCCUUGAUGUCCCUGCAUCACCGCUGGGUUCUCAACGCAGGGGGGCAUUUUGUGGAUGAAAACGGCACGCGCAUCCCCGCCAUCCCUCGCGUCGCAAACGGAAGGUCGGACGGCACCGCGGCUGAUGCCGAGGACAACCUGAAGGAUGCGGGUGACCUGCCGAUCCAGUGCGAGAUUUCUCCCCUCGUCUCCUACGGAGGAGAAGACCUGGAAAAGUAUGUGAAAGACCGGGAGUUCCGCGCGCCUUUAGUCAUCGACGAGCAGGGGAUCCACGAGCUGGUGAAGAACGGGCUGUAGCCGCGGGGAGACGAGGCCCCGCGCGGCACCCCUCUCCAGCGGCACCCUCUGGAUUGGGACACAGGAAGGGUUCCAGCUGUACCGGGUAGGGGCUGGCCCUGCUCGCUCCCAACUGGCGUGCAGAGGAAGAUGGAUCCCGCUUGGUCCUGGGCAUGUCGAAUGCUUCUAUUUAUGUUUUAAUUUAAAAAAGCAAACACUUUAUGGGUUCCCCUGCCACAGAGCACAGCUGCGGUGCUGCUGAUGGCACGUCAGGCUACGAGCUUUUAUUUUUAAAUGUGUAUAUAGUAACAGGCAAUGUACAUGCAGAAGAUUUUUACGGUACGGGGCUGGGGUUAAUCUUGAAUUUUUAUUUUUCUCA